AUGGCCACGCAUACAGUCGGCCUGACGGACAAUGAACUGAAAAAGUUCGCCUUGGACGACCCCGAAUCUGUGGAGCUCAUCCAUCAUGCCCAGCAAAGCGAUGCCGCAGAUCGUCAGUUAACUGUGCGUCAAGCCCUGAAAAAGUAUCCCAAGGCUGUUUUCUGGGCGAUGUUUCUGUCGACGAGUCUGAUCAUGGAAGGAUACGACGUCGUCAUUAUCACCUCCUUUUAUGGUCAAACCCAGUUCCAGAAUCGCUUCGGUGUCUACUAUCCCGAGACCGGAAAACAUAUUAUUUCGGCCGCAUGGCAGUCUGGAUUGUCUAACUCGUCCGUCGUCGGCCAGUUGGUCGGAUUACUUGCCAAUGCAUAUGCCCAGGAUAAAUUUGGCUGUCGGCCUACGAUGAUGUUCUUUCUGGGUUGGAUGGCCGUUAUGAUCUUCAUCCCCUUUUUCGCUCCGUCUUUGCCCAUCCUAGCAUGGGGCGAAGCGAUGUGCGGAAUCUCGUGGGGUGUUUUUCAGACUCUUUCUACCACCUACGCCUGUGAAGUUGUGCCGACCAUUUUAAGACCGUAUGUAACCGCGUAUGUGUGCAUGUGUUGGGGCGCUGGUAUCCUCUUAUCAUCCGGCGUUGUUCGAGCAGUAGCAAACGUACAAGGAGACUUAGGAUGGAGACUCCCAUUUGCGUUGCAGUGGAUUUGGCCGCUUCCUCUGCUGGUCGGUGCCUACUUUGCCCCGGAGUCUCCAUGGAAUUCUAUACGACGUGGGAAAAUCGAUCAAGCGAGAAAGGAUUUGAGUCGCCUGCGUCAGGAUUCGCCAGACCGUCAAAGAGAAGUUGAUGCCACAUUGGCGUAUAUCCGACACACAACCCAGUUGGAGAUGGCAGAGACAGAAAAUGCAAGUUUUUUUGAGUGUUUCCAAGGAACUAAUUUAAGACGGACAGAGAUCAACUGCGUAAUCUGGGCCGCCCAGAUAUUAUCUGGAAACGCCAUUCUAGGCUAUUCAGUUACCUUCCUCGAAGCGGCUGGCUUUAGCGAGAUCCAAGCUUUUGACGUAAAUAUAUCCCUGUCGUCGUGUUACAUUAUUGGGGGUAUAAUCUGCUGGAUGCUAUUUCCGUAUCUAGGUCGCGCAACCAUAUACAUGGGCGGUCUAGCAUUUAUGUUCUUCUGCUUGGUUACAAUCGGUGGUCUCGGCUGGGGACAUGGUAAGGAUUCACAACUUGCUAUCGGUAUUCUGCUAGUUAUUUCCACUCUAUGCAAUAUGAUCACCGUCGGUCCGACAUGUUAUCCUAUCGUCGCCGAAACUCCAUCCGGUAGAUUGAGGUAUAAGACUAUCGUCAUUGGUCGUUUUGUCUAUAACCUUACCCAAAUAUUCAGCAACUCGGUCACGCCGCGCAUGAUAUCCGCUGAGGCAUGGAACUGGGGUGCCAAAGCCGGUCUGUUCUACGCUGGGACCAACCUUUUGUGCAAUAUCUGGUGUUGGUUUCGGCUCCCCGAGACCAAAGACCGCACCUUUGGUGAAAUUGACAUUCUUUUCGACAAUCGUGUGCAUGCAAGGAAGUUCAAACAUACCAAAGUUGACCAAUUUACCCAUCAAGCCAGUUAUGCAGCCAAAUUGGAAGAUGAAAAGGCCGAUUCAACCCAUGUGGAGAAAACUGUUUGA